CGGCCCUCCGCCGCCGCCUGCCGCCUGCAUCUCGCCGGCUGCGCCGAGGGCACAGCUCCCCCCCCUCUCCCGCUCCUCCUCCUCCUCCCGCCCUUCCUUCCUCCCCGGCUCCUCUUCCUCCUCCCCGGCCGCUUCCAGACUGUUGGAAUUCCUGGAACAGAGCCCGGGAGAGGCACAAACAGUGCCUGUGAUGCUGUCCUGGUCCUGAAUGCCAUCGCUCAGGGACAGCUUUCACCUGCAGCAAGUCUGUCAAUCCAACAGCCAUGGGAUGUAUCCCUGUUGUUUUGGAGAUGGAUUGGAUCAGCGUGCUGGGAGCCUGUGCCCAAUCUAAUAAUAGUCUCUGCCAUGUUCAUUUCAACCAAGUAAAAAAAGGAAGGUAACCAGAAGACAUCCUACGCCUGACUGAUCAGUGAUUCCAGCAGGGAGGUGGAGAUUAAAAAUGUCAAAGAUUACUACAGAACUUCUUUUGGAAAGAGCAGUUCCAAGAUCUACGAGGCUCCGAAAGAUUGAGACGCUGAACCUGUCCAAGCUGCAAUUGAAGACCGGAGAUUUAGACCCACGCUUGUUUUCCCGCCUGAGGCACCUGCAGAAACUUGAUCUCUCUGAUAAUUUACUGGACAAAUUUCCCAACAGCCUAACUCUCCCUGAUCUGCGCGUCCUGAACUGCAACAAUAACAAGCUGGAAGAUGUAACUGCCCUGAAACAGUUCCCUCUGCUUGAGGAGCUGACCUAUGAGAACAAUGUGUACUUGACACUCAAUGAUGAUUAUAAAGUAAUGUUUCUUUUGCAAAAUCUUCGCCUACUCAAUGGCAAGGACAUAACCAAACUGGCCAACCAUGUGAGGCAUGUCAACAGCCGUAAGCUCACCAGCAAGGUUACUGCUCACUGGGAAAAAUUCUUCCGUGACCAACUCCCUGAGAAAUACACAGCUGAGCAGGUGAAGUCCAUCAAGAAAAAGUUCCUGAAGUCGGUACAGACCAAUGUGGUGUAUGGGCCCAGCACACUUAGCGAGUUCACCCGCUGGCGGGUGAAAAUGAUUGCAGAAGAGUUUCUGUCAUACUCACUAGGUCUGGAGUUAAACUCUGAUACUGAACCAGAGGAAAAGACAGAUGAGAAUGAGGAAGAAAGCACAGAAAGCCCCACAGAAGCUGCAGAAAACGUGGCUCAGGUCACAGUAACACCCAGCAAGAGGAAAAGAAAUCAUUCAAAAUCAAGCCCUGGAAACAAGAGGUCCAAGACCAAGGCAAACACCGAGGAGGAAGCUGCAGUUAAUCCCAAAAAAUCCAGUCAUGUGGAGGAUGACCCAGCCCCUGAUAAACCAAGAACAUCAAACCAACCAGCCAAGGAGACAACCCCUGAGCAGGGAGCUGAAGGGACACAGAAGAAUGGAGAGCAGUUUCCCAAGGGGCAAAGCAACAGAAGAUCCAGCCAGAUGACAGGGGAACAGAAAAGCCAGGAGCAGAACAACGGCGUGAUUACCUUGACCCCCGUGAAGAAUUCCAAGCGCAAGGAGGAUGUCAGUGCAGAGCCAUUGCAUUUUCUUCAGUGUCACAGUAAAGGCAACAGCCGCGAGGAUUUUAAAACGCAGCUCUGGUCCGGUGUCUUCGAGCCAGUGCUAGACUCUGGAGCCAGGAAAGAUCCCAUUGUGAGCUCCUCCAGAACCGUGGCAACCUGUGGAGGGGAAUCUGUCUGUCUGAUUGAUUGCGAGACAGGGACGGUGCUGAAAAAGUAUAAAGUGGCUACAGAGGAAUUCUUCAGCGUUGCAUGGACAACCCUCACGAUGGUAAUCAGCGACAGCCGCAAGAAAGCUCACAACAUCCUGGCAGCUGCGGGGAGGAGAGGGAUUGUCAAACUGAUCCACGUGGCAGCUGACUUCUGCUAUGGAGAGAUAAAGGCUCACAAAAAGCCCAUUGCUACUGUCUGCUUCAGCCCAACCCAAGAGACUCACCUCUUCACUGCAUCCUAUGACAAGCGAAUUGCACUCUGGGAUAUUGGGAUUCCAGACUGUGACUACAAUUUCAAAGCAAGCCAGCUGCUGGUGCUGGAAACAGCUUCUAUCCCCCUACGGAUUGCCCUGGUCCCCACCUGCCCAGAGCAGUACCUGCUGGCAGGCUGUGAAAAUGGCUGCUUUGCCUGGAACAUAAAACUGGAUAAAGGACAAAAAAGCAGGCCUUUUGAAGCCAUAUUCCAGUUUCCUGAUGAGGAAAGCGUGACAACAUCUCACAGGGUUGAUGGUUUGGCUUUUCUCAAUGAUGAUGUUGUCGUUUCCAAGAGCUCCAAACCAGGAUGCAUAUACUUGUGGAGCUGGAGCAGGUCUUUUGAUGCCAAGGGAAAAGGAUGCCAACGGACAAUGUCUGCAGUUAUUCUGGCUGAGCUGGAGUGGUCCACAACAGACAUGUCCUACCUGACACUCAGCACCUGCCCAGCAAAAGAGUACGUGUUCUGUGGGGAUGAGAAUGGCAGCGUGUGGAUGUACGACCUCUCCAACUACACCACGGCCUGGGGCUCUGCGAAGGGGAAGCGCUCGGAGCGGAGCAUCUCUCCCACACAGAUCCUCAAGUGGCCGGAGCUCCGGGUGAACGGGGAGCAGCCUCCUGAAAUCCUGGUGAACAACGUGGUAGCAGACCCUGCCUUCACCUACCUUGUUGUGCUGACCAGUGUGAACAUAACAGCAAUCUGGAAGAAGUCAUAGUUCCCUGUGCCACAGUUCCACCCCCGUGCUUUGACCUAGUGCAGUAUUAGUGACUGUUACCCAUGUGCCCAUCAGCGUUUUCUAGACCAGCUUUAUGUGCAAGAUGGAGAGAAAAAAGAAAACAAAACAAAAAAAAAAAAAACAAAACCAAGGUUAAGAGUUUGUUAAACUCAUCAGUUCAUUGUAAACAUCCGGUUUCUUUUACUGUAAGUUUUCACAAUUUGUGCAUUUGUUUUAUAGAGAUGACAGUUAAUAAAACAAAAUACCAGUUCAGCUGG